UUAUUUUCAGGCAAAGGCCCGCGACCCACUGAAAACGGGUCCGUGACCCACCAGUUGAGAAUCACUGAUGUAGAGGAUCACAUUGUCUGCAUACAGUGAUAACUUUAUAUUCUACCUCUUAUUUUAGAGUUUCUGUAAACGGUUUAAUUUCUUUUGUGUAUUUAUAUAAUUUUUAAUCAACUGAACCAAAUAUAAAACACCAGGAGAACAAACGUGAUCCAACAUUAGAAUAAACGCUCUUUGUUUAUUAUAUUCACAGUUCUAGUGGAGACCUGGUCGGGGUUUAUUAUAUUAGGAAUAAUGGUUUUAGUCUAACUAAAAGAAUUGAGGUGAGUUAUUAAUAUUCUAUAUUUAAUAAAGCUAUUGGUCGAUCUGUUAAUACUUUACCUUCUUUAUAUAUGAAUGUGAUCGUUUUCCUUCAGUCUGCUUGAAUAUGUUUUUUUUAUAUUUUUUUGUGUUUCAUGCUGGGAUGUUGUUUUAACUGUUUUGAAGUAUAAGGGUAUAGUAUAGUAUAUAAUAAAAUCAAUGUCUCAGAUCCACAGAGACUUCAUCGUGCCGUUGGAGCGAGAAGGGUUCAUCCUCCGCAUGUAUGACAUCAUCAAGAAGGCGGAGUCCAUGAUGAUGGUGCAUCAACAGCAGCCGGCCGACAGCAACAGGUCGUCUCACCUGUCGCUGACUGACUCAACUGGUCUCUCCAGGACUCUGUCCUCGUCUUCACUUCCUGACAUUGCAGAUUCAGACCCCUCCCCCUUGAAGGGCGGAGACUUCUACAUCGACCGCGAGGCCACGCCCACCGUCAGACCGCUGAGGUCACAGUCUUUCCACACCUCCUCGGUGAACAAACCUUCAGUCUUAAACGUCGGUCGUUUCCAGGUGACGCCCUCUAAAGUCAUUCCUGCUGUCCGUCACCAGGAGCCCCGCCCCCUCUGUCAGGCCACACCCACCGCCCACUCCCCACCUCCCUCCGGGGCAAACCAAUCAGAAAGCUCAGAGAGCAGCUCGAGCAAAUCAGAGAGGAGCACGGGGGUCAAGGUCUGCCCGCCUGUUCUUGUCCAGGGUUUCCACAGCAACCCUUGUGGACAGGAGGAAGAGGAGAAGAGGAGGGGGGGGGGUCGGAGGCUGAGUGUCAGCCUGUGGGAGGGGCCGCCUGGCAGCUUCGGCCAAUCGUGGAGCCACUCAGCACAUUACGUCAGCUCUGAUGAAUCAGAGAGCGAGAACGAGGAGAUGUGGGUGGAGCUGCGGGAGCUUCGCGAAAGACACCAUGUGGAAGUGCAGAACCUGCAGGCCAAUCAGAAGCGAGAGAUCGAGGAGCUGUACCUGAGGAUGGGUAAAGUCCCGCCCCCUGGUAUCGUCUCCCCGGCGGCCAUGUUGAACCACCGCCAACGCCGCCUCUCCAAGACCGGGAACCCUCGCAGGAGCAGCCUACAGAGACUGGAGGUGCUGCCCCCUGCAGGUAUCAUGAGGAAGAGCUUGGCCAGCAGCACCGGGUCUCAGGAGAGAGCAGGGAGGGGCGUCACGUUCGCCCCCGAGCACAGCGGCACGAUGACCUCAUUCAGCAGGAUGCAGCGUCUCAGGGUUAUGAAGGUUCUCAGGGUCCUGGUCCUGGUCCUGGUUCUGGGGUCUGUGCAGCGUUCAGAGUGUGUGCAGUGUUUUGCACGUUUCAACCUGACCCUGGGUCAGUGUGAUGAAGAGCUCGGUGAGGUGGAGGAAGACGACUGCUGUCAGAAUCCUCACUUUGGUUACCAGGCAACAGACGGAGUGUGUCGUUCCUGUGGUCCUCCAGUGUGGUCUCCCUGGUCGCCUUGGUCACAGUGUAACAUCCUUUGUGGAGAAGGAGUGAUGCAGAGAAGCAGGAAGUGUUUUGGUAUCGGAGUCUCAGAAUGUGAGAAUCCUGAAGAGAAACUGGAGACAAAAGCCUGUAACGGGACCUGCUGUGAUGGUACACACACACAAUACACACACAAUACACACAUGUUGAAUUUGUACAUCAUAAAUGUGUGUGUAUGUGUGUGUGUGUGUCUGUCUGUAUGUGUGGUUGUGUCUGUAGGUAAGGGGUGGGGCUUGUGGCUCACCUGGUCUCCCUGCUCGGUGACCUGUGGAGGAGGCGGAGUCAGGAGCAGAGAGAGAGUCUGUUCUCGUCCUGAAUGUCACUUGGCCUGCACAGGUCCUUCAGAGGAGACAGACAGGUGUCCAACCCACACCAGCUGUCCAGUUCAUGGUGGGUGGUCCAGGUGGUCCGGUUGGCGUGAUUGUUCAGGUUCUUGUAUCAGUGAUGUCAUCGUCCCCUCCAGAGUGCGAUAUCGUUCUUGCUCUAGCCCCGCCCCUUCCAAUGACACCGUGCCAUCUGGCAACAGUUGCCCUGGAGACGGGUUCCAGACCAAAGACUGCAGCGAGCUCCCCAACUGUCCAGUGGACGGAGGUUGGGGGUCUUGGUCUCCCUUAUCUUCCUGUCCUGUUACCUGUGGGGUGGGGCUUCAGGAGUCACUCAGGAGAUGUGAUAGCCCCGCCCCCAAACAUGGCGGCCGGCCAUGUCCUGGAGAGGGACGUAGAACCAGCAUCUGUCGAACCAACUCCCACUGUCCAGUGGACGGCAUGUGGUCAGAGUGGUCUCGAUGGGGCCAGUGUAAAUACGCAUUCGAGAAGAAGGACAUCCACUGUAAGCAGAUCGGAGGAAGACAGACCAGAGACCGUAUGUGUCUUCAUCGAGCUCACAACGGGUCUAUCUGCAGAGGGGACACUCUGAUGGAGAGUAGGGUCUGCUAUGAUGUCACCAGCUGUUACCCUCGGGGCAGCUGGGACGGCUGGAACGAGUGGAGUUUGUGUUCUCCGCCCUGUGGAGGAGAAUCCCAACGCCGAAGGACUAGAAGAUGUAAACCUGAUUACAGCGACUACAAGUGAGUUUACUGUCUGGAGACUGGGGGACGAGUGGGGGACAAAGGGGGACGAGUGCGGGAUGCGUGGAGGACGAGUUGAGGACGAGUGGAAGACAAUAGAGGGACGAGAGGAGUUCAAAUCUAAC